CGGAGGCAGGCACAGAGAAGAGAAGGCCAGAGAGCAAGCGGGCGGAGAGCGGAACGGGGCACCUCCCUCCCUCCCUUCUCCCUCCCUCCUUCCUGCUGCUGCGUGGUGCUAUGUGGUGCUGGUGUGGGCACAGAGACGAUCUCCUCACUCGCGCAGUAAUUUGGUGACUGACUGGCUGAUUGUCGCAGCAAUGGCGUCCUCGGCUACUCUCACAGUUGCUGCUGCUGCUGCUGCUGCUGUGGGUUUGCCCUCCGCGGCCACCUCCCGCGCUACCACUCUGCGAGCUUCGUCUUUCGCGGUUCAUCUGUCGACAUUUGAGGGUUUGAGGGCCGAGGGAUUGGUGAGCAGCUCGAACUUGGUGCGGCAAUCUGUUGCCUAUUCUUCCUCUACUCCCAGUUACCCCAGUUUCUCAGUGAGGGCUGCUGUUGCUACCGAAGCCCCUCUGACUUCGACGAAGCAAAAAAUCCGUAUCAAGCUUCGUUCAUACUGGGUCAACUUGAUUGAGCAAGCAUGCCAGCAAAUCUUGGAAGCUGCACGCAGCUCGGAAGCCAAAACCAUGGGUCCUGUUCCUCUGCCUACCAAGAAGAGGGUGUACUGUGUUUUGAGGUCACCUCAUGUCAACAAGGACUCUCGGGAGCAUUUCGAAAUUAGGACGCACAGGCGCCUCAUCGAUCUCGAGAACCCCAAUGCGCAAACCAUCGACGCCUUGAUGCAGCUGGAUCUUCCGGCUGGUGUUGACGUUGAAGUGAAGCUAUGUUAGUUUGUUAGAAUAUUUUGGUCGUAGUAAUUUACAGGUGCCAACGAGAAGCGACUUUCAUUAGCAUUUCCUAAGUGUGAAUCUCUCACUAAUUUCUUUUGUCUUUCUAAUAGACCCGAGAAUGAUAAGGUUGAAGAGCCAACUAUUUUGCUUU